AUGCGCAAUGGGCAGUAUCAGGCUCCAACCGAGCAACGCGAGCCGAGCUUUGACGUCCGCGCCGACUUUGACGGCAGCGGACCACGGUGGAGCGAGAUGUACGGUGUGGCCAAGCAGGAGACCGUUGGUCACCUUAUGCCCAAACAAGAUCAAUACAAUGACCCCGAAAUGGUGACCGUGCCGGUGCUUGGUGCCGAGUGGACCAAGGACGAACUGCACGGCCAGUCUCGCCGAGGCAAGGCUGAGGCAAAGGCGGACAAGCGCAAGACGAACUGGAAGGCAUGGAAUCGCGACCAGCGCGGAUGCUGUGGCUGCGCGUGGAUGACCCGUACUGUCUUCGUCUUCAUUGCCUUCUUCUUCAUCGCCGCCCUCAUCGUCACACUCUACUUUGUCAUUCCUCGUGCCGUCGAAUUCCAGUGGUACGCAGACCAGCCAUUUGUCAACACAACCGAUCCGUACUUUGCGCGCACGCCAGCCAACUUCACCUUUGGCGCCAACUUGCAGCUCAUGGCCGAUUCGAGCGCAAGCUAUGUUCCGGUGCAGUUCUCAAACGCCGAGGCCAAGGUCCUCGACGUUGACACGGGUGUCGUUAUUGCGAACGGCAAGCUUGGCAGGUACAAGCUGAAGAAGGGCAAGAACAUCCCCGUCUCGUUCCCCGUUACUUUCGCCUUUGCCGCCGUCAACGACACGGACCCAACUUGGGCCAACAUGUACAACGGGUGCAAGCAUCUGUUCCGGAACCAGGAGCGGCAGUCCAUGAAGUUCCGCCUCGAGGUGAAGCAGUUCAUCGUGGGCAUGGUGCCCAAGCCAAUCUCGACGUCGUCGCUGCUCGGCAUCACCUGUCCGUUCGAGCUCCCAGCCAACGGCGUAUAA